UAUUAAUGAUUUUGUUUGUUCUUGUGCUAAACCUCGUUCGACUUAUUCAAUGUAGAAGCAUGAAUACUCGCAACAACAACCGUAAUCGUCAACCAUCCCCGCAGCCUUCUCCAUCCCGGCAGCACCAGGCCCCUCCGGCGAUGGACCUUACUCAGCUUAUCGUUCAGUUUCAGCGCAUGAAUGCGCCAACUUUCACGGGGACUGAGAACCCAACAGCAGUGCUUGAGUGGAUGAAGGAGCUGGACAAAAUCUUUGCUGUACUCCCCCUCCCCGACCGUCAACGUGUAUCUCUCGCAGCUUACCAGAUGAAGGAGGAUGCUUCCGACUGGUGGAUUGACCACUGGGCUCGGAGGCCAGAGGCGGAGCUUUAUGCUCUCACUUGGGAGCAAAUGAAGACGAUGGUGCGUAACAAGUUCCUCCCCCAGAGCUUUUGGGACAGAAUGGAGCACGAAUUCUAUCACUUGCAGCAAGGCAGCUCCUCGGUGGAUGAGUACAUCCGCACUUUCACCCGUAUGUGCCUUUUUGCGGGUGAUGCGGUGAACACCGAUGCUAAGAAGGCCCGGAAAUUUCUCAAGGGUCUCAACCAGAGAAUCCGUGAGUUGGUGGGAAGUCAUGGACCGAUGUCCUAUGCUGAUACCGUGAGCCGAGCUCAGGAAGUGGAGAGCUGUCUCAUUCCGGUUGUUCUUAUUCCAUCUUAUCCUCCUGCCUCUCAGCCUCCUCAGGCUAUCCAGUAUGCUCAGCCCAUCUCGACCGUGCCGCCCGGCUCUAGUUCAGGCAAGAGGAAGGCAGAUUCCCACCGGGAUGAUCGAAAGGGAAAGCGUAAGGGAGACGAUCAAUGUGGUAAGCACCAUGUCAACCAGGGUCAGAAUCAAAGGUGUCGUAACUGCGGUCGUCACCAUGGAGGAGAGUGUUGGCACGCCCAGAAGGUCUGCUACAACUGUCAGCGCCCAGGACAUUUUCGUAGCACGUGCCCUGAACUACAUGGACAGCAGCCAUUUCAGCAGCAACAACCCAAUCAGCAACCCCGUCAUCAACAAUUUCCCCCGCCACCACCUCAACAACAGAUUCAGCAGCAGCAUCAGCAGGCCCAACCGAGGUAUGGCGAAGGAGCCCCACGCUUGUCGUCCAGUACUCCUAUGCCUACGCGGUCUAGGCCAUCGCCCGUGUUGCCCAACGCGUUGCUGCCAAUCGUCUGCACGUCUCUGCCACCUCCGUGCAGGCUGCGCACGCCCAGCCUCCCGCGCACCGCGCCUCGCUCGUCUAUCGCGGGCCUAUGCACGCCCAGCACCGCCCGUGCAUCGCCCAGCGCCCGAUACGUGCUCGUCCAUUCGCUGCAAUCCCUUGUGCGCGCCAACCUCUCGACAUCCUCUCCAUGCGCGCCAACCAAUGCUUCAACCUCCAAACGCCAUGCGCGUCUAUGCCAACGCGCGUAUUCUCGUCCUUUUCUAAUGCGCCCUUUCUUGCGU